UCGCUCUCGUUUGCUUCUUGAGCCAUUGAGCCGCCUGCACUUCUCAGUGCUGUUGCCCAACAACCUGCAGCCCGCGUCCCAACAGUUUGUAGCUCGUGCUGCUGCUGCUGCUGCAACUGCUGCUGCAACUUCUCAGGGCUUUUACCCCCCCACCUACCCGCCCUCCUCUCCCUACCACCCACCCACGCCUCCCUGCCCUCGCACGCAGCCAUGGCAACGACAACUGCCCGCUCGCAGAAGCCUGCGACAAAGAGGAACAUCACGGCCGACUCGGCGGCCAACUCGGUGUCAGCCUCGCCCUUCGACACCCCGGUAGCCUCGGCCUCCAACACUUCGCUGUCCUCGCUGGACGAGCAGCCCCAAAAGUCCAAGAAGCCCCACGGCAAGCUUCUCGACACGUACGGCAACGAAUUCGAGAUCCCCGACUACACCAUCAAGGAGCUGCGCGAUGCCAUCCCCAAGCACUGCUUUGAGCGUUCGGCCAUCCGUGGUCUGGGCUACGUUGCCCGCGAUCUGGCCUCGCUUGCUGCCACCUUUUACAUCUUCCACAACUACGUGACGCCCGAGACAGUCCCCUCCAUGGCCCUGCGCUCGGUGCUGUGGGCCGGAUACACUGUCCUGCAGGGUCUCUUCGGCACGGGCCUCUGGGUCCUUGCCCAUGAGUGCGGUCACCAGGCCUUCUCGCCCUCCAAGACGCUCAACGACACGGUCGGCUGGUUCUGCCACUCGCUCUUCCUCGUUCCAUACUUUUCGUGGAAGAUUUCGCACGGCAAGCACCACAAGGCCACCGGUCACAUGGAGCGUGACAUGGUCUUCGUCCCCAAGACGCGCGAGAUCUACGCUUCCCGCGUCGGCAAGAUGGUCCACGAGAUCAGCGAGCUGACCGAGGAGACGCCCGUCUACACGCUGCUCCACUCGAUUGGCCAGCAGCUGGCUGGCUGGCCCAUGUACCUCUUCACCAACGUCACCGGCCACAACUUCCACGAGCGCCAGAUCGAGGGCAAGGGCAAGGGCAAGAAGAACGGCUUCUUCGGCGGCGUCAACCACUUCAUGCCCUCCAGCCCCCUGUACGAGAAGCGUGAUGAGCACCUGAUCCUGCUCAGCGACCUCGGCAUCGGCCUCGUCAUUGCUGGUCUGGUCUGGGUCGGCAAGAACUUUGGCUUCAACAACCUGCUCGUCUGGUACCUGAUCCCCUACCUCUGGGUCAACCACUGGCUUGUCAUGAUCACCUUCUUGCAGCACACCGACCCUACUCUGCCCCACUACGACGCCGAGACAUGGACCUACACGCGCGGUGCCGCUGCUACCAUUGACCGUGAGUUUGGCUUCAUCGGACGCCAGCUCCUCCACGGCAUUGUCGAGACGCACGUCCUCCACCACUACAUCUCGACCAUCCCCUUCUACCACGCCGACGAAGCCACCGAGGCCAUCAAGCCCAUCAUGGGCAGGCACUACCGCUCCGACACCAAGGAUGGCCCCAUUGGCUUCAUCAAGGCUCUGUGGAAGAGCGCCCGCUGGUGCCAGUGGGUUGAGCCAAGCGUCGGUGCCGAGGGCGAAGGCAAGGGCGUCUUGUUCUUCCGCAACCACAACGGUCUUGGUGUGCCACCUCAGAAGCUGGAGCCUUCUUCGUCGACCAAGGGCGCAAAGAUGGAGGUUGGCCCGGAGAGCGACAAUGAGUAGGCGAUGAUAAUGAUUGGCAUGGUUUGGACGUGGGCUCCUUUGCUGUCCACGGCACGGCGUUGUGGAGUAACCCUCACGAGGCCGCGCAUCUCUUUUUCCUUCUUCUUCUUCUUCUUCUUCUUCUUCUUCUUCUUCUUCUUCACGUCUAGUAUUAGACCUUAGACGGCCUGCUUGGCGUAGAGUGCCAUGUGUCGACCUGUGCAAAAGACGCAAAGUUUGUACAUUGUGCAGAGUAGACGCUCAAGAUAUAAGACAUUGUUUAGUUCAAUCCAUGAGUG